AUGGCCGAACAAUCCUCACUUUCAGAGUUCAUCGACGCCCCCGCCCUUUUUCACCCAGAGGCUGAAAAAGAAAAAACAUCAUUGGGUCAGGUAAUCAGAUAUGGCGGUGAGAAUUACUUGGCGGGUUUCUCAACCCGUAAUAAAUUAGCUAUGAGAAAUGAUGAGGGGUCAACUUCAACUCUCAAAGUUGAGAUAGCGAAUCAUCGAGAUAUUCCAUUCGUGUCAUACGACAUAGAAGAAGCCAAAGAGAAUGUUAAUAAAAUCCCCCAUUAUGUUCUUCGAAUCUAUGGACAUCUCGUUAAUGGCCAGAAGGCAGUCUUCACCAUUACUGGUAUCAAGGUAUUUUUCGAUAUUCGCGUUUCUGAAAAUGCAAGUAUUCCUAAAUUCUGGUCCAAAAUAAAGCACUUACUCGCUACUGAAAAAGACAGCCAGGUGAAUAGAGUAAACAUGAAUCUUAUCCGAAGGGAGUGCAUAAAGGCAUAUCCUAUUCGUGGCUACCAUGCGGAAAAAAAGUCUUAUCUUCGCAUCAUUGCACCUAAUAAAGAUAUAAGGUUCACUGCUCUCGAUAUUAUUUUAAAUUAUAAUUCGAAGGUUGAUCAAGAAAAUAGGAUAGAAACCGCUUCAGAUGAUACGGGCACAUAUUACCGUAAAGUCGCAAGAGAGUAUAGAAUACCACUUUCUGGAUGGGGGUUAAUAAGCGACUACAAAUAUAAUUUCAGUGCACCUUAUUAUGCGAAAUCCCAAUAUUGUCCGCAUGCAUUUUAUGUUCACAUUGGUAAUUUCCAACCCAUAGUUGAUUUUGGAUCACUUUAUAAAAUUUAUCCAUCUUCUCUCUUUUCUCGUGACCGAGCAUUAGUUCUAACAUGGGACAUAGAAACAUACGAUUCGCGUGGGUUAGGUAAUGUCCCACAAGCAGAAAAUGAUACAGCUCAAGUUUUUAUGAUCUGUAUGACAGUUCACUGGAAAGAUGACCCAAAACCACUAGAACAAAUACGUCUCGUUGAUUUUGAGACGGCACCAGAUCCACGUUGCAUGACCAUCAUAUGCGGGAAUCAGACCAAUCUCUUAAAGGCAUUUGCUCUAUGUUGGAAAUCUUUUGCCCCAGACAUCCAGCUUGGCUUUAACGAUUCUGGAUAUGAUUGGCCAUUUAUAGUGGAGAAGGCUACAAAAUUAAAGGUUCUUGACUGGAUGGUCCAACAAAUGUCAGCAAAUCCUCGUAAGACAGCCAAUAUUCAAUCCAUUCUCAUUUGGAAUUAUUUCGGUGGAACUGGAAAGCCAUUAAGCAUUGGUUUCUUUUAUAGGGACCAAUGGGCGAAGAAAACGGACAGGAACUUCAGAAGAACAGAAGGUCGUGAAUCUAUUAACAUCAAAUUUGGUACCAAUAAUUUGAGCUUUGAAUCAUCUUUUCUUAAGCUUCCCGGAUGCGUACCAAUUGACGUUUGCGCGAGUUUGUUGCAACUUUUCCCCCGUUCAGAGAGAAGAUCACUCAAAUACUUCUUAGAAGAUUGUGGUCUCGACAGCAAAGCCGAUUUACCUAUGAGCAAAUUAUGGAAGUACUAUUCAGAAGCGAGGGGUAGGAUUUCAGACUCUUCUACUGAAAAUAUGCACGAAAUAGCUAAUUACUGUACCAUAGACGCCUUACGUUGUCAGGAGCUCGCGGUCAGGCAUAAUAUAAUAAAUGAUUAUAGAGAAGUUGCUUCGAUAGCAUAUAUAACUCUAUUUGAUACACAUUAUUAUGCCAUAGGGACAAAAGUAUCCAACCUCUUGGGUGCGGAAGCAUGGACCCAGGACAUACUAUUUAGCAUGAAAACUUCCGAUCAGAAAGCAUCUGGGAAGUUUCCGGGAGCAUAUGUUUUCCCGCCAGUAAAGGGUCUCAAAAAUAAACGUCCUGUCACUGGUUUAGACUUUAGAUCCUUGUAUCCUAGCAUAAUUAUGACUUACAACCUCUCACCCGAGAAGAUGGUCUCAACACUUUCGGAAGCAGAUGAGUUAGAAAGAGAGAAUAAAGUACUUCACAAUAUCGAGUUCAAGUAUAAUGGUAAUCCUAUACGAGCCUGGACUAUACGGCAUGGGAAUAAGCCUGAUCAGAAAGGUCUUUUCCCAAAGAUAUUGGAGAGAUUGGGGAGAAUGCGAAAUGAAAUAAAAGCCCAGCUAAAGCCUAUUGGAAAGAAAAAGGAAUAUAUGGGAAAGGUCAAAAGUAGAAUGGAUGGAUCCCAAAGGGAUCAUGCCAGCGGAUCUAUCUCAAUAGCGGAUGCAAUCAAAGAUGUUUUGUCCUCGACGAAGAAUGUGAAGAAGCGUACUGAGAUGGUUAAAAUCUUAGAUCCUUUUAUUGAUUUAUCAUAUGAUAAUUUUAUAAAAGAAUACAGUUCUGUCUGCUUUGCCUAUGAUUCUUUAAAUUCUAAGCAGAAAGCCAUUAAAUUGUAUAUGAAUUCAUUCUAUGGUGUGACGGGCAGAAGUGGCUCCCCAUUCUACAUACUCGAACUUGCUGGAGGUGUUACUUCGGCUGGGCAAGAAAUUAUCAAACGUGUUGCAGAGUACGUUAGAAAGAAAGGCUUUAGGAUAAAAUACGGUGAUACCGAUUCCUUAUAUCUCAUUUGUCCAGAUUCCUGCUAUGAUAAAUACGAUCUGGCUUAUAAUGAUGGGAAGGGAGAAAUCUUUAAACUAGAGUAUUGGACCGAGAUGGUCAAGACUACUAUGGGUGUAAUGGAAAAAUUGCGCAAUGAUGUGAAUACUUUCCUCAGGCUCAAGACUAGUUCAGAUUAUCUUAAAAUGGCCUACGAGGAAGUACUAUUUCCAGUAGCGUUUACCGGAAAGAAAAAAUAUUUUGGCAUUGACCAUGAAGAGACUCCUAACUUCGAACCAAGAGAGCCUUUUAUAAGGGGAAUAGAUACUGUGAAGCAGGAAGGUCGUGAAUCUAUUAACAUCAAAUUUGGUACCAAUAAUUUGAGCUUUGAAUCAUCUUUUCUUAAGCUUCCCGGAUGCGUACCAAUUGACGUUUGCGCGAGUUUGUUGCAACUUUUCCCCCGUUCAGAGAGAAGAUCACUCAAAUACUUCUUAGAAGAUUGUGGUCUCGACAGCAAAGCCGAUUUACCUAUGAGCAAAUUAUGGAAGUACUAUUCAGAAGCGAGGGGUAGGAUUUCAGACUCUUCUACUGAAAAUAUGCACGAAAUAGCUAAUUACUGUACCAUAGACGCCUUACGUUGUCAGGAGCUCGCGGGACAAAAGUAUCCAACCUCUUGGGUGCGGAAGCAUGGACCCAGGACAUACUAUUUAGCAUGA